CCUGCGGCCCGCACCCCCUCCUUCCUAGGGCAACGCCCCGGGGCCGCCCUGCUCCGCGCACUUCCGCGUGCAUGGCCUUGCUGCUGGGAGCCCUGCGCACGGGUGCGCGGCAGAGCUCGCAGCAGGUGGCGCGCGCCUUCCCCGGCAUCUCACUGUCUCAACCCCCGCCGGCCCGCACACUCGCCCGCGCAAUGGCGUGCAGGCAAGAGUCGCGGCCGCAGGGCCCACCGGCCACCUCCAGCGCCAUGGCCUACGACUACCUGGUGAUCGGCGGCGGCUCCGGCGGGCUGGCUAGCGCGCGCCGGGCAGCCGAGCUGGGCGCUAGGGUCGCGGUGGUGGAGAGCCACAAGCUGGGCGGCACUUGCGUGAAUGUCGGAUGUGUACCCAAAAAGGUAAUGUGGAACACGGCUGUCCACUCCGAAUUCAUGCACGAUCAUGCUGACUAUGGCUUUCAAAGUUGUGACAGUAAAUUCAAUUGGCGGGUUAUAAAGGAAAAGCGGGAUGCCUACGUGAGCCGCCUGAACACCAUCUAUGAAAAUAAUCUAACCAAGGCACAUAUAGAAAUCAUCCCCGGCCAUGCAACGUUCACGGGUGAUCCCGAGCCCACAGUAGAGGUCAGUGGGAAAAAAUACACUGCUCCUCACAUCCUGAUUGCAACAGGUGGCUUUCCCUCGCAUCCGCAGGAGAGCGAGAUCCCGGGUGCCAGCUUAGGAAUAACCAGCGAUGGAUUUUUUGAACUGGAAGAAUUGCCUGGCCGCAGUGUCAUUGUCGGUGCAGGGUACAUCGCCGUGGAGAUCGCUGGCAUCCUGUCCGCCCUGGGCUCCAAGACGUCGCUCAUGAUACGGCACGACAAGGUGCUUAGAAAUUUUGAUUCAUUAAUCAGUUCCAACUGCACUGAAGAGCUGGAGAACGCUGGCGUAGAGGUCCUGAAGUACUCGCAGGUCAAGGAGGUUAAAAAGACUUCCUCUGGCUUGGAGCUCUGCAUCCUUACUUCAGUUCCUGGUAGGAAACCCACCUUUGUCACGUUGCAAGGUGUUGACUGCCUGCUCUGGGCCAUUGGACGGGACCCAAAUUCGAGAGGCCUGAAUUUAAACAAAGUGGGGAUUCAGACUGAUGACAAAGGUCACAUCAAUGUAGACGAAUUCCAGAAUACUAACGUCAAAGGCAUCUAUGCAGUUGGGGAUGUGUGUGGAAAAGCUCUUCUUACUCCAGUUGCCAUAGCUGCUGGCCGAAAACUCGCGCAUAGACUUUUUGAAUGCAAAGAAGAUUCCAAAUUAGACUAUGACAACAUCCCCACGGUGGUCUUCAGCCACCCCCCUAUUGGCACAGUGGGACUCACAGAAGACAAUGCCAUAUGUAAAUAUGGAAAAGAAAAUGUGAAGAUCUAUUCCACUACCUUUACCCCAAUGUAUCAUGCAGUUACCAAAAGGAAAACAAAAUGUGUGAUGAAAAUGGUUUGUGCUAACAAAGAAGAGAAGGUGGUUGGGAUCCAUAUGCAAGGAAUUGGGUGUGAUGAAAUGCUGCAGGGUUUUGCUGUUGCAGUAAAAAUGGGAGCCACAAAAGCCGACUUUGACAACACGGUUGCCAUUCACCCUACCUCUUCGGAAGAACUGGUCACUCUUCGUUGAGAACUCAGAGACUCGUUUCGCUAGCAGCUGGACCAGUAGACCUUCUGGAAUGAACCAAAUAAUCACAUUUACUUAAACUGUUUCCACUUAAUGUAUCUCUUUAUUAUAAUCAGGAUUUUCCGAGAGUAGAAAUUUUCAGUAAAUAAUAGAAUUUGUUUCUGUAAUUGGAAAUUUGUUUUGUUAUCCAAGAUUCAUUUUCAUUUGAUCGCUUCUCACAAUAAUUAAUAUUUUGAAGUUUUUUUAAUUAACAGCUCUGUGUUAGCUGGUUGUUUUGUUUUUGUUUCAGCCUCAUCCCAAGUGUAAAAGUAUAUGAACUACAAUUACAUUAAUGUACUUGAAGGAAUACAGCUUGUCACUUUUUAUAGAGGAAGAUGACAGCAGCCAUUCACAUUUAAAUAAUGCACGUGCACAGAAUUUUUGUUGUUGUUUUCAAAGCCAGUACUGUGCUCUUCAUAUUACAAAGCUGCUUCAAGGAUACGACCUUUCUCUAAAGACACGUAACACAAGAGGCCUUUCACCCAUAUUUUAUUCUUUCUUUGAAAUGAUUAAAAAUUACUUGUUGUUUUUAUUAGAUGAAGUACACCAAACUUGGGAAAGAUUUGAGGAGGCUGGUCACGAGAAUGAGGGACAUUUUAGACAUGAUUCAAGAAGAAGAGGGACUCAUACUUCAAAAGUCCCUUGCUCUGCUAGGAGUUUAUAGUUCAAUGGAAUAUUUCAGUUUUUCUAUAUAUUCUUGUCACUUUAUUUUUUUCUGAAAACAAUUUCCAAAAUCUUGAAAAUAA